AUGGAUGAAGGUAUCAAAACGAAACAGCAGGCCAACUCGUCUGUUGCGGAUACAUGGCUGCUGGUACCUAGUUCCACCACACCACCACACCAUCUACCCCAAACUUCGCCUUCGCCCUCGAAUCAUCGACCCUUGAGCACCCUGUCGCUGGCAAGCUAUACGUCUGAAUCCACUCGAGUCGUCGUCGUCGUCGUCGUCGUCGUCGUCGUCAAGGCGCCCUUUUCGUCCUCUAAAAGUCCCCUGGCCGCGGCAAAGGUCCACUUGCAAGACCAGCACGACCCGCAAAUCGCCCAUCACAGCCUCGACCAGCGCCUCGACAUCGACCAAUUCUGUCGCUCCGAUCCGCCCAGAGGCCCCAAAGCGCCCCGUGGCUCGGCAUAUGGGCUUGUCGCCUCUGUUUAG